AGACAAAGUCGCAAUCUUUGUAGUCCACAAUGGACUUUCUAAAAUGGAAGUCCAAAGAGGAGAAGUUAGCGAGAUGUAGCUUUGUGAUGCAUGGUGGUGCGAAGCAUGUGAAGGGUGCCACCAAAAUCACUUAUGUAUGUCACAGGUCUGGGAUAUUCAUAUCUCGGUCAAAGGGCAAGAGGCUACUGAAGUCUCAAGGCAGUAACAAAAUGGGUGGCCACUGCACGUCUGCCAUUGAGGUCAGCCAAGAAAAAAAUGGAACGUGUACUUGUGUUUAUUUUAAAACACAUUUCGGCCAUGAACUGAACAUUGGUUUUCUGCACCUUAGUAAAUCUGAAAGGGAGAUUAUUGCGGUUCAGAGUGGAAAGUCUGCAAAGUAUGUAGACCUACAGCACUACAAUUUUACAAGUAUUCAGUCUAAACAUAAACCAAAUUCCUUGGCAUCCGUAUGACCCAACUAAACUGGUUAUGGGUUAGAUAGGCUACGCCUGAUGACAUGGCAGACAUUUGUAAAAGAAUGAAAUGAAGGAAAUUAACUGAGGUGAUGGAAAAAAAGAGGCAAGUGAAAGUAAAGAGUAAGUACCAUUGAAGUAAAGAUGCACUUGAAAAUUGCAUAAAGGAAGUAAAUUUUGUGAAUUAAUUGGAAUAUAUUUCAAAAUCAUGCAGUGUACAGAAACAACUUACUUUCAGUUUAUUUAAUUAUUACUAUUUGCCUAAAUAAACACUUGCACAAUAUUGUACAUACAUUUUCAAUAAAAAUGUUUUGGUUGCCAGCAGCUUUUCAAGAAGUAGUGUAUCUUACACAAA